CUGAAUCGGGCUAUUGCUUUUUCCCCCCCCUUGUUGUUUCAGUAGCCAUAACAGGCAUCUGCCUCCACAGUGUUAGCCGAGGUUAGCCUGCGAGCUAGCCGUGGUAUCGAUAAUCACUCGGGGUCAUUUUUUCCUUGAAUGGGGUCGUUUGUGCUCGCUCCUCAUUCGGGUGACAGCGGAUUGUGUCUGCCAUGACGACGCGGCCGCAGAUGCAUACUCAAGCAGGCCGUUGUUAUGGCGAUGUCAAAUGCAAAAGGGUGAUUCCCAGCUCUUGUAAUGGCCACCGCAGGCUACGUAGGUGAGAUCCAGCCGGCAGCCCAAUCCCAGGGGGCUGGUGUCACCGUCACACCUGGGCAACCCGAUGCCAGCUCCACCCCUGCAAGUGCCCCUCAGUUUCUGGCUGAGAUUCAGACUGCUGUGGCUACUCCCACUGUUGUCACACCCACAGGCCAAACUGCUCCCACUGAGCAAGCCACUUCCAUUGUCACUCAGAAGCCUGCAGCUGGUUGUCAAGCUCAGCCCACAGCACUGGCCCAGUCAGCUCAGACUCAGUAUGUGACUGCAGAAAUCCAGGGCUCCCCUUCAGAGACUGGAAAUGCUCAAAGCACUCCUCAGUACAUCGUUGUAACAGUCACAGAGGGCUCCCUUCACUCAAGUGACAGUUUGUCGGACUCUAGUCCUCCUCCAGCUGUGGUGCAGACAGGUGUUCCCACGCAGGUGGUUCAACAGGUGCAGACGGCUCAACAGCAGAGGUCUGUGGUGCAGGCCACCUCCCAGAUAGCCAAGACUGAGCCAGGGACCCAGCUCAGUGUCACCAGUCUACAGCCUGUUCAUAUCAGCCAGGAGGUCCAGCAGCUCACACCAGUGCCAGUUCAACAUGUUUACACCAAUCAAGUGCAGUAUGUGGAAGGAGGAGACACCAACUACACCACCAGCACCAUUCGCUCCAGCACCUUCCCUUACACUGAUACGCCCCUGUACACCCAGACCACAGCUGCCCAGUAUUAUGAAGGUCAGCCAACUUCAGGCUCUCAGGCCUCCACCCCUGGCACGCCUCUUACCGUCUCUGUGACGGCUGGCACAACAGGGGGUGUGUCCAUGUUUGUGGCACAGCCCACCAUUGCGGCAGGGGGAGGGGCCACAGUGGUGACCACAGGUGGCACCACCAAUGGGGCAGGGGAUGGGGCAGGCACCAAUGGUGGCACAGCAGGCAGCUAUGUGAUCCAGGGGGGUUACAUGCUGGGCAGCAGCAGCGGAGGGGCAGCUGGCAACAGUCAGAACUACUCACACACCGCCCGCGCCUCCCCAGCCACUGUGAGUAUUACAGAGGGCGAGGAGAGUAGCGUGCCGUCGGCAGACAAGAAGGUACAGUGGUUGCUGGACAACUAUGAGACAGCUGAAGGAGUGAGUCUGCCCCGUUCCACCCUCUACUGCCACUAUCUGCUGCACUGUCAGGAGCAGAAACUAGAGCCUGUUAAUGCUGCCUCUUUUGGGAAACUCAUUAGAUCUGUUUUCAUGGGGCUACGCACACGACGCCUGGGCACUCGGGGUAAUUCAAAGUACCACUACUAUGGCCUGAGGAUCAAGGCAGGUUCCUCUCUUCUCCGUCUGAUGGAAGACCAGCAACAUCUGGCCAUGAGGCAGCAGCCCUUCUCACAGAAACAGAGGUUGAAGCCUGUGCACAAAGUGGAAGGAAUGACAAACGGCACUGCGUCAGGAGCAGGCCAGCAGCAGCAGCAGCAACAGGGGUCAGGGCACGUGGACAUCAGCACCCAGGUUCAACAGUACCAGCAGUUCUUAGAUGCAUCUAGAUCUCUACCAGAGUUCGCAGAUAUCGACCUUCAGGGGAAGUCUCUGCCAGAGGGUAUCGAACUGGAGCACAUAAAGAGCUUUCAGCUGCUGUACAGAGAGCACUGUGAGGCCAUACUGGAUGUGAUGGUCAACCUGCAGUUUACCCUGGUGGAGACACUGUGGAAGACCUUCUGGAGAUUCAGCCAGAGCCAGGAUGGAGAUCCCACGUUGGCUGUUCAUGAUGAGUCAGAGAAGCGUCUCCCUAAGUCCUGCCUGGUGAUUCUGUGCAAGUAUGAGCCAGUGCUGCGCUGGAGCCGUGACUGUGACAACAGCCUGUACCAGAGCCUGGUGGAGAUCCUCAUCCCUGAUGUCCUCAGGCCCAUCCCCAGUGCCUUAACUCAAGCCAUCCGUAAUUUUGCCAAGAGCCUGGAGAGCUGGCUGACCAAUGCCAUGAUGAACAUCCCAGAGGAGAUGGUCCGAAUCAAGGUAACUUCAGCCAAUGCGUUUGCUCAGACACUGCGUCGCUACACCAGUCUGAACCACCUCGCCCAGGCGGCCCGCGCUGUCCUCCAGAACACAGCUCAGAUCAACCAGAUGCUCUCGGACCUCAACCGCGUUGAUUUUGCAAACGUCCAGGAGCAGGCUUCGUGGGUGUGCCGGUGUGAAGACCGUGUUGUGCAGCGGCUGGAGCAGGAUUUCAAGCUGACCCUUCAGCAGCAGAACUCCCUGGAGCAGUGGGCUGCGUGGCUGGAUGGUGUAGUUUCCCAGGUCCUAAAGCCCUACCAGCACAGCUCUACCUUCCCAAAGGCCGCUAAGCUCUUCCUGCUCAAGUGGUCCUUUUACAGUUCCAUGGUAAUCAGGGACUUAACCCUGCGGAGUGCAGCCAGUUUCGGUUCCUUUCACUUGAUCCGCCUGCUCUACGAUGAGUACAUGUACUACCUGAUAGAGCACAGAGUGGCCCAGGCUAAAGGAGAAACCCCCAUCGCUGUCAUGGGAGAGUUUGCCAGUUUAGGCCGGGGUCUAACCCAGCUGGAUCCUGACAAAGAAGAGGAAGAGGAGGAGGAGGAUGAGAGUGACGAGGAAGGUCAGGAGCUUUCCCUUCCCUCAGACGGGGUCGUGCUUGGAGAGGAGUCUCUGGAGCCGCCUGCUAAACUGGCCAGAACUGACCAGAGGGUCCUCUUCACCACCGGAUCAGCUGACAACUAACCACAGAGUAACACUGCUAGAUGUGGGCUGAUUAUAUUAAUCAUACAAACACACACAGACACUUAAAUGUACAAAGAACACUAAUUUAUACACUUGACACAUGUAUAUAGAUCUUGUAAAUGUGUGUGCACACCCUCGCUGCAUACUGUAACUGUCCCACUUGUUUACACACACAAACACGUACACACACACGCACAAUCCAACCACGCUCAUUCAGUAGCCGCUGCUGCCUGAAUGGCACGACUACCUGUUGGCACCAUUGAUUCAAUACACAAUCAUUGGCUCUGCAACAGGAUGUGGUUUCAAACACCUCUCAAUGCAAAGAAAAACACAAAGCAUUUUCACCCUCAGUCGUACGAUCUUCUGAAAAUAUGAACUCAAAGCCAGGCAUGCCAUUUUUUUCCUCAUUGUAUUUCAACCUGUAGCCUUGCCGAGAAACAUCUGCUCACUCUGGAUCCUCCUGAAACCGUCACUGCCGUAUCAAAGUGAUCUUGAAAAUACUGUGAUGUGUGUGUGUGUGUGUGUGUGUGUGUGUGUGUGUGUGUGUGUGUGUGUGUGUGUGUGUGUGUGUGUGUGUGUGUGUGUGUGUGUGUGUGUGUGUGUGUGUGUGUGUGUGUGUGUGUGUGUGUGUGUGUGUGUGUGUGUGUGUGUUCGUUAGUGUGAGGGGUCACACCGCUCUGCUGUGAUUUCUGGAGGCUGACUGAACAUUGCUUUUGUGUGUGUGUGUUUCUGUGUCUGUCUGGUUGUGUGAUUGUGAGUCAUGCACGUAAUGACUGGUUUCCUCUGUAGAUAUUUUCUAAGGCUUUCAAAUGUUCUUGAUUUGGGAGAGGUGUAGAUUCUCUGUUUGAUUUGAUUUGCCUGUAAAGAAAACAUUGUGGUGUUCUUGGAGUGCCUGUCGCGGCUGCUACACACACUUGUAAAGAUAAAACUACGGCUGUGGAAUAGGGGCUCUCAUUAGUUGCUGCAAAAAAAAUCCUUUCUCUUUUUAUUGAACCGCUAGUUCCACGAGAGAGGUACUGUAUGUGUCAUAUAUUUAAAGUGCUUCAUUCCUGCUCAUCUACUCAGCUCCUCUGUUGCCUCAUUUUUCUUUGAAAUAUCAUUUUCUUGCCUUAUUUUGAUGCAUUUUUCCACGUGUGUGUGCCAAACCUGUUUACUUUGAUCCCAGAUCCUGUCAUUUAUGAAUUUUCUCUCUAUGUUUUAAGGAGGACUGUGCCUGAGUAAGAACGGUGAUAUAUUCUACUGUAUAUUUAUCCACUAUUUUGAAUUUUGUUGUCACUAAGUGAACCUCUCGUGCCGUGUAUGGUGCUGUGUUGUCACACAUUGUAAUCAGCCUUUGUGUGCUUUCUUGAUUUGUGGUUGUACGUUCAGUUAUCAGUCCUAUCUCAUACCUUUUUGACUUUUCCACAAACCCGGCCUCUUUGCACACUUUCGAUUGUUGUCUUUAAAGUUCUGAGAGGGUUCCUCUUUUUUUCAAUAAUCCUUUACGUCUUAGGUGUUUGUUUGUUUUUAUGGUGCUGUGCAUGUGUCAGGUUUCCUGCUCCGCUCAGUGUGGUUCAGAGAAUUUUGCGAGAGGGGAAAUCUCUGUCUGCUCUCCCUGCACAGUCCACUGAGGCUCAUCUCCCUCGUCUCUCUCUCUGCGAUUCCGCCCCCUCCCGCCAAUGGCUUUGUUUUGCUUCAAACAUACAUGUUCUUACGCACUGUUCAUCAAGAUUGGUUGUUGCAAACAUGUCCUUUUUCCUGAUUUGAAAUACAUAUGUCUUGAAAUUGCUGCAGUGCACAUCUUUGACGGGCAACGCCAGCCUCAAACCAGCACAUCAUCCUCACAUAGAGUCUGAUGCUACCACGGCAGGACAGUACAUAUCACUCCAGUCUUUUAAUGUCCGAAAGCAUAUAGAAUGGCCAUUGUUUACCCGGUAAGACAAAUGUUUAGUCAUUUCUUUUUAUAGUUUGUUUCAAAUGUACAAAACAAACUGAGAAAAAAAAAAGAUGUUCAGUGGCAGUGUUUUAUGAAUUUGGUCUGCUCUAAGUAUGACUGUGCCUUUGGAGGUGGUAGAAUGCAAUUCAGAUGUUUUUAAUUUUAAAGAUAUAAAUUAAAGAAUUUUUAAAAUUGCA